AACCCCUAAACCUGAUCAGUAUCAGUUGCCAAUUUGCUUAACCCCCCUUCUUUUCUCUCUCUCUCCCUCUUUCAUCCCCUCCCCUCCGUCCUUGCAGCAAAUCCGACGUAAUGACGUUCCCGUCUUGGAUGUGUGGCCCGUGGCCCGUGGUGACGAAACCACACGGCACCGGUUCGUUUGCCCAAUGAGACGUCGCCAUUUCCGUGUGCCAUGGAACCUAUGGAAACGGGAUAAAGCGAACCUGUCGUCUUUCCGGUAUGUAUCUUACUUUGCUCUCUGAGAAGGUGAAAGCGCAACACCCCACCCCACCCCUGUGGCGGUCGUUGACCCAGAACUACUGCACUGUACCCGUAUCGCACGCGCAGCUGAAGAGUAACUGUCCUGUCAUCCAUCCAUCCCUUUGCCUUGGCGCCCUCGUCCGGUCGCCGCGCAUUUGCCCGCCGUGAACGU